CACAAAACCGUUUCGCCAUUUUACUUGUGAGAAAUAUUAUCUACGAAGAUGAGUUACGGACGUGGUCCACCUGACACAAGUGGGAUGUUUUCCCUAAAGGUCGACAAUCUGACGUACAGGACCACACCCGAGGAAUUAAAGAGGCAUUUUUCAAAACACGGCGAAGUUGGAGAUAUUUACAUUCCAAGGGAUAGACACACAAAAGACAGCCGAGGGUUCGCCUUUGUACGAUAUUAUGACAAACGUGAUGCUGAGGAAGCUAUGGACGAUCUUGAUGGCUUUGUUUUAGAUGGUCGAGAAUUGCGAGUCCAGAUGGCACGGUAUGGUCGCCCAGCUGAAUCAGGCAGAAGAGGUGGGGAUCGUGGUCGAGACCGUGACCGUGGAGGUUACGGAAGAAGGAGGUCUCGUUCAAGAUCUUAUUCACCCAGAAGAAGGAGAUCUCGCUCCGGGAGCCGAUCGAGAGACAGAAGACACAGAAGUCCAUCCCGUUCUCCACAAAGAUCACGUUCUCCCUAUAGAUCACCAUCUCGGUCGCCUCGGUCCCGCUCUAGAUCCAGGUCCUAGUGUGAUUGAAAACCUGAGGAAAUGAAUUAUCAUACGCUCCCAAUGACAUACCAUAUGCUCCCGAAGAGGAGAUAUAUUAAAAACAUUGCUGCAUACAUUAAUAAAAGGCGCUGUGAGACUAUGUUAGUUUCUGUGAGUAGUGUCCGGUCAGCACUUGUUGAGGAGUCAAUCAGAGCAGUCGAGUUGCAGCCCAAAAUACGUGGGUUCCUGUCAAAUUCACUGCGUUCCGGUCAAUCAACUGGGUUCCAGUCAAAACAGCUGUCAAAUUAG